CGGGGCGGCUCCCCUUCACCGAGGCUGCCGGCCGUUGAGCGGUUCCGGGUGCGCGCGAGGCGGUGACCGCGGCGGGGUGAGUCCUCUCCAGAGUUUACUUUUGGAUGAAAGCAUGCUCUCUUUCCAGUAGAAGAUGGUGACCCUGGAGUAUCAUCAUGGAGAAGGGGAUGAGUUCAGUAGAAGUGUUACCUUCCAAAUCAUCCCAGGUUACGGCUGUAAAGGUGAUGGUGAAGGAGCAUGAAACAAAAUCGAUCCAAAAAGGAAAACCAGUGGGAUUUGUGCUUGUACAUGCAGGUGCAGGUUAUCAUUCUGAAUCCAAAGCUAAAGAAUACAAACAUGUUUGCAAAAGAGCCUGUCAAAAGGCAAUUGAAAAACUUCAGGCUGGUGCUCUUGCAACUGAUGCAGUGACUGCGGCACUAAUUGAACUAGAGGAUUCCCCCUUUACAAAUGCAGGAAUGGGAUCUAACCUAAACCUUUUGGGUGAGAUAGAAUGUGAUGCCAGUAUAAUGGAUGGAAAGUCAUUAAAUUUUGGAGCAGUUGGAGCACUGAGUGGAAUCAAGAAUCCUGUUUCAGUUGCAAAUAGGUUGUUGUGUGAAGGGCAGAAGGGAAAACUCUCUGCUGGCAGAAUUCCACCUUGCUUUUUGGUUGGUGAAGGAGCUUACAGAUGGGCAGUUGAUCAUGGGAUACCAGCAUGUUCACCAGGUAUCAUGACUACAAGGUUUAGUUUAGCAGCUUUUAAGAGGAACAAAAGGAAGCUGGAGUUGGCAGAAAAGGUGGAAACAGAUCUUAUUCAGCUAAAGAAAAGAAGACAAUCAAGUGAAAAGGAGAAUGAUUCAGGAACAUUGGAUACAGUUGGUGCAGUCGUUGUUGACCAAGAAGGAAAUGUUGCUGCUGCUGUCUCCAGUGGAGGUUUAGCUUUGAAGCAUCCUGGAAGAGUUGGUCAGGCAGCUCUUUAUGGAUGUGGCUGCUGGGCUGAAAAUAUUGGAGUUCAUAACCCUUAUUCCACAGCUGUGAGUACUUCAGGUUGUGGAGAGCACCUUGUAAGGACCAUACUGGCCAGAGAAUGUUCACGUGCUUUGCAAACAGAAGAUGCCCACCAGGCUCUGCUAGAGACUAUGCAAAACAAGUUUAUUAGUUCACCUUUCCUAGCCAAUGAAGAUGGUGUACUCGGUGGAGUGAUAGUUCUUCGAUCUUGCAGGUGUUCUGCAGAGCCUGACUCUCUACAAGAAAAGCAGACUCUACUAGAGACCAAAAUGUGUAUGAUGGUUUGGAACAUGGACUUGAAAUUUGGCAGGGUCACCAGACUCCUAGGAGUUCAGCUAGCACUGAUUCAUCUCCCCAUAUGGCGAGCAGAUCCCGUACCUCCCGUUCGGUCCAUGAUGGAGCUCUUUUGCGAUCGUGGGACUCCAUCAGGGUUACCUGUGCUGAUGAGCUCUGCGUGGUCACCUGUGCUCUCCACGCUGGGCAAACAGGAAACGAAAUUCAAAAGUUCGCGGGGCUUUUCCUGUCUACCUGGUCAGUGCAUCUGAGUUGAGAGUGCUGUCCAGUGCGGUCACAAUGAAGCACUGUGGGAUAGCUCCCAGAGGCCAAUAACGUCGAAUUCUGUCCACACUACCCCAAAUCCGACCUGCAAAGGCCGAUUUUAGCGCUAAUCCACUCGUCGGAGGUGGAGUAAAGAAACCGAUUUAAAGGGCCCUUUAAGUAAAAAAAAAGGGCUUCGUCGUGUGGACAUGUCCAGGCUUAAUUCGAUUUAACCCUGCUAAAGUCGACCUAAACUCGUAGUGUAGACCAGGCCUUAGUUUCUGGCAGCAGUAGUGGGCAGUUAGUCUUUUAAUUCAAUUAGUAGAGGUUUUCAUGGAAAUUAGUGACAAGGGGGACUGUUCUGAUCAUGUAGUAUGACCUUCUGCAUUAAUACGGGCUAUAGACCCUCACCCAAUUUCUGAAUCAAGCCUGUAACUCUGACUGAGCUAAUUUCAAAGCUACAUCUAUACUACAAGCUAGGAGUGUGAUUCCCUGCUUGCGUACUCAUAUUCAACUCGCUCUCAUCUGAGCUAGCAUGCUAAAAAUAUAGUAGUGUAGCCAUGGUGACAAAGGCAGCAACUGCAUGCUCAGUGGCAGUGAUGGUACAAGCCCUUAGUUGGUACCCACGGGGUUCAAGCUGGUUUGUACUUGGUGUGGCUAGCCUGUACCACCACUGCUCCUGACUGUGCUACCAUGGCGAUGCUACUAUUUGUAGCAUGCUAGCUCAGAUGAGAGCCAUCAUUAAGUAUGUGUAUGUGAGCUGGAAAUCACACUCCUAGUAUAUAAUGUAGACAUAGCCAGUCUGAAUUUGUCUAUUUUAAACUUCUAACCGUUGGAUCUCGUUAUACCAUUUUCUGCUAUUAAUAUCUUCUCUACGUAGGCUCCGUUCAAUCUUCUCCUGGGUAAACUAAAUACAUUGAGCUUCAGCCUUGUACUAUAAGAUGUGUUUUCAAGGCCUGAAAUUAUUGUAGCUGUCUUCUGAAACCGUUCUGAUUUUUCAACCUCUUUUUUGAAGUGGGUUUGCCAGAAGUGGGCACAAUACUCUGGUAACUGUUUUGCUAAAGCUGUAUGUGGAAGUAACAUCAUCUCUCCACUCUUACUUCAUAGUCACCUGUUUAUGCAUCCAAUGAUUACUUUAGCCCAGGGAGAUGAGAGUCUAUUGGUUAUUUUCCGUGAUCUCAAAGUCUCUUUGUUUCAAUACAUCUAGAAUACAGUACCCCAUCUUGUAACACAUGUUCUUUGUUCCAAGAGUAGUCAGGAAGGAGUUACACAAUAACAAAAGGGAACAAACAUGCACUCAGCACAAAAUCAAUAGGUUGAGAACAAAAUUAAUCAAAACAGCCACUGUAAGCUCUCUAGUGUGGACAUAGCCUUAGUACCUUUCUCAGACGUGAAGAGCUCUGAGUAGUUUUAAAGCUUAUCUCUCUCACCAGCAGAAUCAUAGAAUCAGAGGAUUAGAAGGGACCACAAGGUACAAACAGAAGUUGGUCCAGUAAAAGAUGUUACUUCACCCACCUUGUCUCAAGGAUAUUUGUUGUAAUUUGACAUUCUUCAACUGGCCAAAGAGGUCUCACUCUUCUAACAAUGGAGCACACUGCCCUUACCGUAUUUCCCAGACCUUGCUGUCCCAAGAAACCAGAGAUCUAUGACAUAUAUCCUUAUAGUUCUUCUGACACUGCAUUGGAUGUAAAGGAACAGUGGGUGAUAAGUCAUACAGGGACAUAGGGAGGUUUUUUUGGGGGGAGGAGUGUCUUUUUGGCACAUAAUAGUUUCUUAGCGUUGAUAUUGUAACAAUUUUUCAACAACUGCUACAGAAUCAUUGGGAGGUGUUUUUCUUACUUUGUAACAUCUUAAUGUACUUAUAGCCCCAUUUUUUCAAAAGACUGUGAUCAUCCCUCCCAGUGACAUCAGUUGUACCUCUAUGGGGUCAGCACCUUUGAUAAUCAGGCCACUUGUUGUUAUUCAACCAUUAAAAAGUCAAAACUAUUAAAAUAUGUAAUUCCUGAGUCAAGAUUGGGUAUUGCUGAACAUAUGCAAGAUCUCAUAAGUGCAACUUACACUUCACAACACAAAAAAUGGAUGAAUUAACAAUAGGAUUAUAUGCUGUUGUAAGAACUUGACAUUACUGACAUGUAAUGGGAAGUAUGCCAAGAAAUCAACACUGUCUGCAUGAAGGAGUUAAUAGAACUAAAAUGUUAGCAUGAUGAGACAUGAAAGAACAGCAUGUGACAUUGUAUGUGAAUUAAAUUAACCUUUCACUUAACACAUUUGGUAGCAAGAUUAAUGUCUUGUGUCUGAACAAUAUUUAACAAUAGUGACAAAUCUUCCCUUUCAAACAUCUUAGUGCUGUCACUAUCAUUAUUCAGUGAUGAUAUUUGCUUUUUCCUUGGACCCCAUGCCCUUAUCACGUGCUCUAGUGGCAAUUUAUGGAGAUUCAUAUCGGCAACUCACUUUGUAUCAAGCUGAGAAUGUAUCCUUAGAUUUGUAUUAAGAUUAUUUUGCCCUUCUGCAUAUCUAAUUACCUGCAGGAUUACCUAACUGACGUUGUCAUGAGCACAUUGUCUAUACUAAAUCAUUGCUUUGGCUUUCUGAAAAUUUAAACAAAUCUUAAUGUCAUACUAUCACAUGGCACUGAUGCAUCUUGCUUUUGUAAGCAUAUGUUUCAAGAGAUAAUGAGCAGCAUUAAGGUUUGUACUCUCGCCUCUUAAAAAUUCUUUAAAAUUAUAUAGGGAAAAAUGAAUAGAAUUGAAUUUCUCAAGUCAAGGUCAAAGUCUCCUCCAGAGAUGUUUUCCUAUUGUAAUUUUUCAAAGUUCAAUCAAUGGAGGUAAGGGUUUUGGGAAUUUCUGAAAUAGAAUCAGAUUUUUAAACUGCAUAAUUCAGACGACAUUGUUAGAUAUAAAUCAACAUAGAUAGUAGAUCCCUUUUGGAGCUUUAUAUGCACUCUCAGUUCUUGAAGAUGGCAACACAUUAUUUUUGUAUAAAUGACAUGUCACAUGCUGGAUAUUCAUAUAAGCUAUUGGUUUUGUGUCUUUUUUUUUUUUAAAGAGCUGAAAUAAACAUACAAGGUAGGUUGAGCAUUUUUGUUUUUAAUGAACUGUGCUAUUCCAGGGAAUCUGUUCAGAGCAGUGAAUUUACAUACAUUUGAGAUCUUGAUUUUAAUUCUAGCACGUCUAGAAACUAGCACUAUCUGCAGCUUGAAGAAACUCAUUAUGAACACACACAGCUACUCAGCUGUGAAGGUUCAGUAGUAAAAUUCACAGCUAUUAUGUAGAACGUAGGUGGUGGACAAAUAAGGCUAAAAUAUCCUUAAAACUUAAUUAAUAACACUUCACACAUUCAUUUAGAACAGUUACCAGCAUUCAUUCUUUUGUAUUCUAAGUGUAUACUGUAUAGUCUUUCUCUGCACUUUGGAAAGUAAAGUUAGAAAAUGAAAUUAAAUUAGUUGUCCAAAAGGAGCUAAUUGCCUACCUCACCUAUUGCUGAAAAUUUCCAGUGUUUAAGACUUGUUUUCAAAUUGAGUGACUCAAUUUCCUUAAAGAAACGGUGAUUAUUUAACUGCAGUCACUUCUGUAUUUAGAAAACUCCACAGACAGCAAUAAUACAAAAAAUUUGCAAGGUUUUUUUUUUUAAACUAGAAAUGUCUAUGGCAGGGAUCGGCAGCCUUUCAGAAGUGGUGUGCCGAGUCUUCACUUAUUCACUUUAACUUAAGGUUUCGCAUGCAGGUAAUACAUUUUAACGUUUUUUAGAAGGUCUCUCUAUAUACGUCUAUAUUAUAUAACUAAACUAUUGUUGUAUGUAAAGUAAACAAGGUUUUCAAAAUGUUUAAGAAGCAUAAUUUAAAAUUAAAUUAAAAUGCUGAUCUUAUGCCGCCGGCCCACUCAGCCCACUGCCGGCCUGGGGUUCCGUUCACCUAGUUCGGCAGCGGGCUGAGUGGGACCAGCGGGAUCCCGGCUGGCAAGGGGCUGGCAGCCGGGACCCCAGACCGGCAGCAGGCUGAGCGGGGCCGGCAGCUGGGACCCCAGACCGGGGGUGCA